UCUUUAAAUGCCAGGGGCUGCGCUCCCGCCCUGGGAGCUCGGAGCCGGAUCUACAAUCCCGUCCCUCCCGCUCCGGCGCUUGUUGCUCGCCCGGCCCGAGCGGGAGCUGCCGCCGCCGGGCACCGAGGCUGCUUCCUUCUCCUGCUUCGAGGGAGCCCCACCUCCCCCGAGAGCAGGUGGAGGAGGAGAAGCAACCCCAGUAGGAGGGACGGGGUGCGGUGUGAAGAGGCACACCUUCCCACCUUCAAGUCUUAAGGAGCUACGUAGCCGCGGGGGCAAGACAUGCGCCGCUCCCCCCUGCCCAGCCUCCCAGCCGCCCGCGCCCGGAGAGGAGAGACUGCGGAGCCCACACCUGCAAACUCGCCCUAGAAGUCUGUGGGUGCGGCGGGGGGCCCCUCCCCAUUCCCCACGGCCUCCACCUCUCGGCGGGUGAGUUUGCGCAGGUGGUCUCAGCCCCUGUCCGGGCACCUGUGCCAAUGACCCUAGUGGUGGUUUCGCUUUCUCCUCUCUCGGCGGUGUGAACGUGUGUCUGCAGCGUGAUGGGCAACCAGGUGGAGAAACUGACCCACCUAAGUUAUAAGGAAGUUCCCACAGCCGACCCGACGGGCGUUGACCGAGACGACGGGCCCCGCAUCGGGGUCUCCUAUAUCUUCUCCAAUGACGACGAGGACGUGGAGCCGCAGCCGCCACCCCAGGGGCUGGAUGGCGGUGGCGGCUGUUUGCCCGACGGCGGGGACGGGCCGGCGCUACCCCCGCCGCAGCCCUACGACCCGCGGCUGCACGAGGUGGAGUGCUCCGUGUUUUACCGCGACGAGUGCAUCUACCAGAAAAGCUUCGCGCCGGGCUCCGCUGCGCUGAGCACCUACACGCCCGAGAACCUGCUCAACAAGUGCAGGCCUGGUGACCUGGUGGAGUUCGUGUCGCAGGCGCAGUACCCGCACUGGGCUGUCUACGUGGGCAACUUCCAGGUGGUGCAUUUGCACCGGCUGGAGGUGAGCAAUAGCUUCCUGACGGACGCGAGCCAGGGCCGGCGCGGCCGCGUGGUGAACGAUCUGUACCGCUACAAGCCGCUGAGCCCCAGCGCCGUGGUGCGCAACGCGCUGGCGCAAGUGGGCGCCAAGGAGCGCGAGCUGAGCUGGCGCAACUCGGAGAGCUUCGCCGCCUGGUGCCGCUACGGCAAGCGCGAGUUCAAGAUCGGCGGCGAGCUGCGCAUCGGCAAGCAGCCCUAUCGGCUGCAGAUCCAGCUCUCUGCGCAGCGGAGCCACACGCUCGAGUUCCAGAGCCUGGAGGACCUGAUCAUGGAGAAGCGGCGCAACGACCAGAUCGGGCGCUCCGCGGUGCUGCAGGAGCUCGCCACGCACCUGCACCCGGCGGAGCCGGACGAGGGCGACGGCGACGCCGCGCGGACUACGCCGCCUCUCGGGCGCCCCCCUGCGUCGGGCAGGGAGGAGGAGGACCCAGAGGCGGUGGUGCACUGACGCGCAGGGCUGAGUGCAGAGCUGUGUGAGGGAGCUGUUUGCAGCAGCCGCUGCCGUCUCCCUCCUCUCCCUCCCUCCUCCACCACCUUCUGGGCCCCAUCUGGACUCCUGGGCCAUUUGGAAAACGGAGAGUUGGCGAAAAGCGCUGCCAGCUGUGGCUUGAGUUUGUUAUCUUGGACGGAGGAGGAAGAGGGAGCAGGUAGAACUUUGGCCGGGGGACGCUUCUUGGCUUCUUGCCUGUCCACUCAGUCUAUCUUCCUUUCCGAGACGAGGUGAGGCAAACAGUGGACUUGCUAGACACUUAAUCCCUCCUGGACCUGGGUCCAAAAAUCGACUCAACGCACGCAGGAGUGAAGAAAAGUUUGGAGUACUAACACUUGCUAUCGCCUUCUGCCCGCUUCCCUUCCUACCAGGGCCAGAGCAGGUUUGUGGUGGUGCUGCCCCCAGGUAGCAGUGUGUAGGAUCCGGGAGGCUGAGGUGAUUUAUUUUAUGGUUUUCCUGGGGUGCAGGGCUGGCGAAACCAGGACCAGAUGUGGGAGCAGCAGGCAGGAACCGAGCAGCACCCUGUAAAGUGUUAACGAACAGUUGCGUAAACUUGGGCUACAAAACAAGGAUUUGCUACCUCCCCUCACCCUAUCCCCCCCGAGCAGUUUAUCUUCUGAAGCUGGCUUCUAGCUGAGUCUCCCGCUCCCUCCUUCACCACCUACCACUUUCCAGGGUACAAGUAAAUCAUUGUCACCCGCCAGCAAAGGGAAGGAUUCCAUUUUGUUUGUGUUUUGCUGCCUUUGUCUCUACCCUCCUAUUGCAGGCGCUUAACAGCCGCGGAAUUUGUUAUCAAAAUUUUGUGUCUGAUCUGAUAAACCUGCUUGGCCAUGUUCAUCUGGAGGUCACACGUGAGGUUGGCUGUUGCCACCCCAUAAAGUAUCCACUACAGAAACAGUCAAACAGGGUUGCACCAGCAGGAAUUAGUCAGUCAGUUUCUUGUCCAUUCCCCCACCUAACCCCCUUCUUGAAUAGUGAAGGUAACUUCUCUUUCUCUCUUUCUCUUUCUCUUUCUCUUUCUCUCUUCCUUCCUUCCUUCCUUCCUUCCUUCCUUCCUUCCUUCCUUCCUUCCUUUUUUGACAAUGUAAGGCUUUUGGUGGUGGGGCUGUGAGGGUUUUUUUCCUUCACUGCCCCAUCCCCCCCUCUCACUUUUGUUCUGCUGAUAGUAAAAUCUUAGACUUGAGGCAUAUUUCAAUGAUAAGGUAUUUACUUUGCUAGCCUCACUCGAUGCAAUUUAAUUCAAGAUGUAGAAUCUUAUAUUGCUGCAGUCUCCUUGUCGCUUGGAGAGCAUCCCUUCAGAAUGCUUUCUCAAUUAAGAGGGGUGACAGCAAUCACAAAUAAAUGCCACCUGGUGUAAUCAGCACCAAGUCUGGCGACAGUCCUAAAGCAUGGGUUGGUGACUGCGGGGUCUCUCCGAAGCAGGCUGGCCAACACUGUUUGGAUCUGCUGCUAGGUUUGCUUUACUGUGAGGCUUUAAAAAAUGUGUACAAUCUGUCCCUUGUUUUCAUGUGAGCUCUUUCAUGAUGUGUGCCCUUGAUUUCAGAAUCCUUCUCUGCUGCACGUAGGCGUUGCUAAUGCUGUCUCAAAAGUUGAGUAAAGUUUUUUUUUUUUCCUCUUGGGAAUCAAUAUAGAUUACACUGAACAAGUCAUUUUGUGACUUGAUUCUUACUGUUGGAGUAGAAUCAUUGUUGAGUGUUCCACAUCCGUGGCUAUCCUCAGGCCUCCUGCCUGGAGAUCUUUAAAUCAAGGCAGCAAAGCUUGAAGGAUUAAAUUGUGUACCAGCUCUUUUCAAACUUGGGAGGUUGAAGGCCAUAAUUUUUAAAAACCUAAACCUUCACAGUACCGCAACAUGAAAUAAUUUAAUUGCAAGGGCAUUAGCUAUGUUCCCUGUUUUUACAGGGAUCCCCAAACAGGUCCUGUCAUUUUGUUAAAGAUGAACCACAUUUAGCCCUGGUCUGGGACUUUGGAGAAACAUCCGUCUCAUAUUGGAAAUGUUGAUCUAGUUUCCUUGCUUAAUAAUCUCACAGCUUUGUGUUUGUAUUUUGCUCAUGGGAAAGCAGAGCAGAUAAAAAUGUGGGUAAUGCUGCUUACCAGAGCCUACUAGAUUUGGAUUUUCUUGGAUGUUUUUAACACAGUCAAAUGAAAGUUGAAUGACACAAAGUCACGACUGUUGUGCAGACAGCAAGAGGGGUGGGCAGAGCAGCCCUGCCCAGCAGCUCUGGGCUAGCAAGCCUCCUCUUCUUUCCACUCCCCCCAUCUGUCUCCCUCUACCCUCCAAUGGAAAGUGAACGUCAUCGGUCACACCAAGGGACAGCGGUAACUCUUGUUACAAACAUCUUUGAGGAAUCUCAACUUGGAGGAAGAACUCCUGUAAGAUUCAUGCCAAUAAUAGCAUUCUUCCUCUAGAGAAGAGGUUUUUGAUACCAGGGCUUGAAAAUGAGCUGGAAGGGGAAAGAGAUAUGCUCUGGUUGCUCCUUUUUAUGCGUUUUGACAGCGUAUCAGAGAUGUGACGUGUGGAAUGCUUCAGAACAGUGACUCCGUUGGAAGUUUGAUUAGUCUCGUCAUGCUUAAAGUAAAGCCCCAACCAACCUGUGAAGGUUCCAAGGAAAGGGGAUGGGAUCAACCAUUGGCAUCUUUCCUGAAGGUGGCAGCGUUGUGGAUAAGUUUUCAUGCCCAGGCGAUGGCUACAUCUGGCACUUUAAAAAAAAUAUAUAUAUUUAAUAAUUUUUGUUUCUCCUUAGGAAUGAGACUCUAGAACUGUUUUGUACUGUGAAUUACGGGUGCUCUUUGGAGGAAAAGAAUAUUGAUCUAAUGUUCUUCAGAGGCUCUGGCAGGGACAAGCAGGACACCCAACUGGAACAUACGCUAAAUGUAAUCAGACAAAUUCUAUUUUCUUACUUGAGCAAAUAUUUUAUUGAGACUGCUUAUGUAUGGCCAAGGAACCCACAACUUCAGCUACACAACUUUUUAUACUGAGAGAACUCGAAUACUUUUUGUAGCUUUUAUUCCGCAUUUAAUUUAAAAUGACUUUAUAGCACUAACAUGCCUAGCAGAAGACUUUACUCCAGACCUUUAAGGAAAUUUUUAGUUUUUAUGGAAAAUGACAUUACAGUGGUUAAAUUUCUUGUGUCUUUGGUGCUUCUGGCCCUAACAGCACCAGUCGACAACACCACAACCACAUGGAAACAUAUUUUUGGAAGCAAAACUUUAAUUUUCUACUACAUAUGCUAUGGAGAGUGAAGAAAAUUUAAGGACUACUUGUUUUCUAUUUUUUUUUUCUUAACAAAAUGGAAUCCACUGUGUUGAAGACUCUUGACAUUAUAUGAUUGUCUAACUUUUUUUUUUGUAAAUUAGUAUAAAAUCGAGUGUGAUCAUGAUCAUUGAAAGGAUUUGUUUGGAAAGUUACAUUUUAUUUGUGAGUUUGUUUUUUUUUUAAAUCAGGGUAACUGUAAACUUGACUGGUUUAUUCAACUUUCCAUCAUGUUGUUUUGUUCUGAGCUGUAACACCUGUGACCCAUGGAGAAUUCCAUCGACUAACUUGAUAAAUUCCACAUGCAUUUUAUUUCCUAGUGAAUUGUAUAAACUUUAUUUUUGUUGAAGACUGUGUGUUAAAUCAAUGUUCUGUUCUCAUACCACUUCUUGAGAAGGAGGUUCUGAUUUGAAAUUGUAUCAUUUCCUUCAAAAUGAAGGGCAAGUGCUUAGUUAAAUAAAAGAUUGAUGACAUCUUUUAAACCA